UAAUUUGCACGGAGUCGAGGUCUCGCUUUUUUACAAAAUUUUUCAUUCCUUUGACCUUUUCCGAUGUUUAUUUUAUUUUGAGAAUAAGAUAAAACUUUCGCCCUCAGACUGCAGUAUUUUUCAAUGCAUUAUUUCAGGUGAACAAUCCUUACGAAUAUCUCGAGGACUCAAACAAAGAAGAAACCCGUACAUUUGUAAACGAGCAGAACGCUCUGUUUGACUCAUUCUUCUCAAAAUCUGAACCUCGCUAUUUGAUCCAAGAUAAGCUGGAAGCGACAUGGAAUUGUCCAACCAUUUGGGUUCCAAUGAAGAAAGGGUCACGCUUGUUUUACUGGGAAAAUUGUCUUCAAAAUCACAACACUCUUCACGUGAACGAGUCCACUGACGGGAGUGGAGUAGUUAGAAAAAUUCUAGACCCAAACUUGUGGGAUAAGGAUGGACGAUUUUCAGUGGGUGCGUUUGCCAUUAGCCAAGAUGGGAAGCUGGUUGCCUACUCCAUUUCAGAAAAUGGUAGCGAUUGGGAGACAAUCAAAAUACGAGAGGUGGAUUGCGGACACGAUUUGGAAGACAUUGUCCGCUUUACCAAACUAACAAAUCUUCGAUGGACCAGCGACUCGAAGGGGUUCUUUUACCAGCGAUUUCCAAAGCAUAAAAGCGGUUAUGGUCAGGCAAAUGGGACGGAGACUGGCCGAAAUCUGAAUGCCAAAUUGUACUACCAUGUCGUGGACACUUUGCAGGAUGAUGACAUCCUUGUUGCUGAAUUUCCUAGCAAUCCUACUUGGACAAUGUUUACUGAACUAUCUGAUGAUGGGGACUACCUGUUUGUUCAUGCGUCUGAUGUUAUUGGAGAAAAAUAUUUGUUUUAUGCCAGUCUGAAGGGCGGAAUAACCGGAAAACUGCAAUUGACUCGAGUGUUCUCUCAACCAGGCAAUCAUUGGUAUCUCGCAAACGAUGACACGGUUGUUUAUUUGAUGACGACGGUUGGAGCGAAAAACUUUCACCACUUAAUUCGAGUGGACUUGGCAAAUCAUGGGAAAGGAAAAUAUGACGUGAUCAUGAUGGACCAAGGAAAAAAAGUUCUUUGGGCAAUUGUAGUCAACGAGAACAAGUUGGUAAUUUGCUACGUGAAAGAUGUCCUUUCUCGGAUUGAAAUCCGCGAUUUGAGGACUGGAAACGUCAUCGAUCAGUUGGCAAUUGAGCCUGGAACUGCGUCUGAUAAGUAUGGACGAAGAUCCGACAAAGAAUUUUACUUCAAGCUUGAAUCCUAUGUUAAUCCGGGCACCAUCUACAAAGUUGAAUUUGGCAUUACGGAAAUAAAGCUCCAGGUCUACAAAACUACGGACUUCAAAACAUUGGAUUUGGAUACUUUUAAAAUGUCGAUGUUCAGCUACUCAAGCAAUGAUGGGACAAAUAUUCCUAUGUUCCUUGUGCACAAGAAGAACAUGCCACGUGAUUCGAAUCGACCCUGCUUGCUGACAGCGUACGGAGGUUACGGAUACAGUAGAUUGCCAGCCUUCAACAUCCCAUAUUUGUUCUUUGCACAACACUUUGGCGUUGUUGCAAUAGCAAACAUUCGAGGGGGAGGUGAGUACGGAAAAAAUUGGCAUGAUGAGGGACGGCUCUUAAAUAAGAAAACUGGAUUUGAAGACUUUAUUGCUGGGGCGAAGUUUUUACUGAACAAUGGCUACACAAGGCCCCACAAGCUUGCAAUCACCGGAGCUUCAAAUGGAGGACUGCUAAUUGGUGCAGUGGUCAAUCAGCGCCCAGAUCUUUUUGGAGCGGCGAUUCCUCAAGUUGGAAUAAUGGAUAUGUUGAGAUACCACAAAUUCACUGUUGGUCAUCUCUGGAUUGGUGAAUUUGGCUCUCCUGACGACUCUAAAUAUUUUCACUACCUGCGGCAAUACUCACCAUUACACAACAUCAAAGCACCGGAAGACGAAGGCCAGCAAUACCCAUCCAUUUUAGUUACCACAAGUGAUCACGAUGAUCGCGUGGUAUGCUCCCACUCGCUUAAAUACAUCGCUGAAUUACAAUACAUGGCCGCCAAAAACAACCCUGGACAGAAAAACCCCUUCCUCCUGAAGGUGUAUCAGAACACUGGACAUGUUUCUGGAAAACCCACCCAAGCCAAGGUUGAAGAAUGGACGGACAUAUUUGCAUUUCUCACUCACACUCUUGGCUAUAAUUUUAACACUAACCCCUAAUUCUGUCUCGCUAACUUGUCCAA